AUGUAUGGCAAAGACAAUAUCGACAGAUUUGGCGACGACUUGUGUGGACUCCUAUUGAGUUACUUCUCGUUUGAGGACCGCUUCCGAUGCGAGUGUCUGUCCAAACGAUGGCAACGGUUGGCACUCGAGAGUCAGAAAGACUUGACAACAGAUUUCUCGUACAUCACAAUCUUCAGGAAAAAUCCUACGAUAUUUGAGUCGAUACUGAAAAAGUGUGCCAACAUUGAGACAAUUGGCGGCAAUGUGUUGACGAUUAUAACGCAACCAAUGCUGGAGUUAGUCAUCAAAUACUGUCACCGUUUGAAUGCCAUGGAUAUGAAAAUACCGAUAUAUGUGACGAUUAGCGCCGACACAAUUGACAAGUUUUUCGCGAAGUUUGCCAAACAGUUGAUUAGAUUCAAGUACUGGUCGUACGAGCCAUCACUUCCGGGAAAUUCAGAAAUUUCGGCCACAAUUGAGAAGAAUAUUCUCGACUGCCAUGAGUUGCGCGAAGUGUUUAAUUGCUAUAAACACCAGUUCCCCAGACUACUGCUGGACUGGACGGGACAGGGAGUGGACUACAAACAGUCAACUCUCGAUAGACUCGAAAAGUGUCCCAAUAUUAGGACAAUAAUCGGAGUGCCAACAGUGCCCAGGCUGUUUUAG